UCGGGAAACGCGGCAACGAUAUGGCAUAUCAAGGAGGAGGAUAUUAUCAAGACCCUAAUCAAGCGUACUACGGUGGACAGUAUCCACAGCAGCCCGGCUUCAACCCGAACUAUCCACCACAGCAGCAGCCCGGUUAUCCACCGCAGCAACCCGGCUACACUUCCGGUGGUUACUUUCCCGGCUAUCCACCACAGCAACAGCCCGGCUAUCCACCGCAGCAACCCGGUUAUCCGCCACAACCGCAGCCCGGCGGUUAUCCACCUCAGCCCGGAUUCGUACAGCCACCACCACCGGGAAUGCCUAGCGCGUACGGAACCGCUUACGACCCGGAGACGGGCAGUGUGAAGGGUUUUGAAUUUAACGAUCAAUCGAUCCGGCGUGGUUUCAUCCGCAAGGUGUACUCCAUUCUCACGGUUCAGCUACUGAUCACGCUCGGCUUCAUAACGCUCUUUCUCUACCACCGACCGACGAAGCUAUGGGUACAGAACCAUCCAGAAAUGUUUUGGAUUGCGCUAGGCGUCAUGAUCGUGACACUAAUUUCGAUGGCCUGCUGUGGCGAUGUGCGUCGAAAGGCACCGAUGAACUUCAUUUUCCUUACGCUCUUUACACUGGCCCAAGCAUUCCUGCUCGGUGUUACUACCGCCAACUUUAGCUCGCAAGAGGUAAUGCUAGCGGUCGGUAUAACAGCAGCAGUCUGUCUCGGUUUAACACUGUUCGCUUUCCAAACGAAAUGGGACUUCACCGUGAUGGGUGGCAUCCUGUUUGUUGCCGCUCUGAUUCUGAUGCUGUUCGGACUGAUCGCAAUCUUCUUCCCGGGCAAAACGAUUACGCUCGUGUACGCGUCGGCCGGUGCGCUGAUCUUUUCCAUCUAUCUCGUGUACGACACGCAGCUAAUGUUGGGCGGUGAGCACAAGUAUUCGAUCAGCCCGGAAGAGUACAUCUUCGCUGCACUGAACCUGUAUCUGGACAUUGUGAAUAUUUUCCUGUACAUUCUUACGAUCAUUGGAGCGACGCGCGAUUAAGCA